UUGAGGCUGUAGUGAUGGAAGCACAGUUGUUUUGUGUGUUAAUUACCUGAUUGUCUAAUUAGUUCGACUGAUGCAGAGAGAGGAAGACUCCGGACAGAGCGGAGCUGAUUGCCUUCAGUCAUUAAACGGGUCGUAACACACACACACACACAUUGAUCUCUGCUGUCAGUGUUCUGUAGUUUGGAUGUCCACCAUCAGCUGUUCUCACGGGGAUCUUCUGGCUUCAGCAGUGUUUUAUGUUCAGGAGCUGAGAGGAUGUCAGACAGACAAGUGACAAUGGAGCUCAGCCACAAUGGAGAACGCCAGUCUGCAGGUUCGAAGCAGGAGCAGCAGGGCGCUGUCGUCAGCUUCCAUAACAUCCACUACAAGGUGGAACAAGGAGGAGGCUGUCUGUGUCGGAAGAAAGUUACAACCAAAGACAUCCUCAUUGACCUCAAUGGGAUCAUGAAGCCGGGUCUGAACGCCAUCAUGGGAGCGACAGGAAGUGGCAAGUCAUCGUUCCUGGAUGUUCUGGCAGCCAGGAAGGACCCUGCAGGCCUGUCGGGAGAAGUUUUGAUCGACGGAGCUCCUCAGCCUCCAAACUUCAAGUGUCUGUCUGGAUACGUGGUGCAGGACGACGUGCUGAUGGGAACCCUGACGGUCAGAGAGAACUUCACCUUCUCAGCGGCGCUUCGUCUCCCAGCGGCCGUCUCUCAGCAGGAGAAAGAGCAAAAAGUGAACAAACUGAUCCAGGAGCUGGGAUUGGGCCAAGUGGCCGACUCCAGGGUGGGCACCCAGCUGUUUCGUGGGAUCUCCGGUGGCGAGAGGAAGAGGACGAGCAUCGGCAUGGAGCUGAUCAUCGACCCGUCCGUCCUUUUCCUGGACGAACCGACCACGGGCCUCGACGCCAGCACUGCCAACUCGGUGCUGCUGCUGCUCAAGAGGAUGGCAAACAACGGUCGCACCAUCAUCCUGUCCAUCCACCAGCCUCGAUACUCCAUCUACCGCCUGUUCGACAGCCUCACCUUGCUGGUCAACGGCAAACAGGUUUACCAUGGUCCAGCACAGAGAGCACUGGAGUAUUUCUCAGACAUUGGAUACACCUGCGAGCCCCACAACAACCCUGCUGACUUCUUUCUGGAUGUCAUUAAUGGAGACUCAACCGCCGUUGCCCUCAGCAAAAUAGAGAGCGAAGAUGUAGACUCUUCGUCGAUAUCCAGACAGGGGAUUGAGGAAAAACUCAUAGAGGAAUACAGAAACUGCCACUAUUUUAAAGAGACCAAAACAGAGCUGGAGAGGAUAGUUCAGGGUAAGCAGUUCACCACCACACUUCCCUCCAGAACCAUCACCUACAACACCAGCUUUCUGACCCAGUUCAGGUGGGUUCUCAAGAGAACUUUCCGCAACCUCCUGCUCAACCCUCAGACCUCCAUCGCUCAGAUAACAGUAACCUUGUUCCUCGCUGUGUUCGUAGGAGCCAUUUUCUUCAGCGUCAAAAAUGAUCAAAGUGGAAUACAGAACAGGUCUGGCGUUCUCUUCUUCAUCACUGUGAAUCAGUGUUUCAACUCUCUGGCAUCUGCUGACCUCUUCAUCUCAGAGAGAAAACUCUUCAUUCACGAGUAUAUUAGCGGUUACUACAGACUGUCUGUGUACUUCCUGUCUAAGAUCCUGUUGGACAUCUUAACGCUGAAGACCAUCCCCGCCAUCAUCUUCAGCUGUGUGGCAUACUUCAUGAUUGGCCUAAAGCCGACAGUUGAAGCCUUCUUCCUCUUCAUGUUAGCUGUGGCUCUGGUCGCCUACACGGCCACCUCCAUGACUAUGGCCAUCUCAGCUGACCAGACAGUGGUGGCCAUUGCCAACAUCUUCAUGACCAUCUGCUUUGUCUUCAUGAUGAUCUUUGCAGGUUUGCUUGUGAAUCUUCCCUCCAUCGUCAGCUGGCUUGCUUGGUUAAAAUACUUCAGUAUACCACGAUAUGGCCUCACUGCUCUGCAGAUUAACGAGUUUCGUGGGCUGGAGUUCUGUAAAAAGGUUAACAACAGCAUCACUCCAGGAGGACUCGCUUGUACAGGGGAGGAGUUUCUUACCCUACAGGGCAUGGAUUACUCCACCUGGGGCUUCUGGCAGAACUACGUAGCUCUGGCCAUCAUGAGCGUCUGCUUCCUCGCCAUUGCUUACCUCAAACUGCGCUUCAUCAAGAAGUUCACCUAGACCUUCUCUGCUAUUCAUGUGAUGAGAAUAUGAAACAUGAAUCCUGCAGAUCUCUAAUAACGAUGACUUGUUAAAUAAUAAUAAACUAUAAUAAUAAAUAUAUAAAAUAUUUGUUUAUUAAGCUGGCAAAGUUGAUACAUUUUUAAGCACUGCCCACUAACACCCGUGUAUUAAUUAAUAAUAAACUGUAACAUGAUA